AAAAAUAAGACCUUCAACUAUUCUAAAUCAAAACGACAAUACAAGCUGAGAGAAUUUUUAUCUUAUGAUGAGACCUGGGGAAAAAUGUUAAAAGAAAACCUAGAGCGUGAUAGAGACAAUGAUGAUAAUGAUUGGUUAGCGGGAGGAAAU